UGGUGGUUGUGGGCGUGAGCUCGAGGAGCAGAGGCGAUUGGCGGAGCUUGGGGCAGCUAAAAGGAGAGCGGCGCCCUCCACCGCUCCGAGACCUCUGCACCACGACUCCAACCAUGGCGUUCCUCCUCAAAGGCGUGCGGCGGCACUGCAAGGGAGUCCACGCUGCGACCAGGCUGUACUCAUCUGGAGCUCCAACCACAAAGUUGUUCAUCGACGGAAAGUUUGUCGACUCCACCACCUCAGAAUGGCUGGAUGUGCACAACCCAGCCACGAACGAGGUGGUGACGUGCGUGCCCAAGGCGACGCUCGCCGAGAUGAACGCCGCGGCGGAGUCGUGCCAGCGCGCCUAUGGACCGUGGUCGGAGACGUCGGUGCUCACACGCCAGCAGGUCUUCCUCAAGUACCAGCAGCUCAUCAAGGACAACAUUAAAGAACUGGCCAAGGUGAUCACAAAGGAGCAGGGCAAGACGCUGGCGGAUGCGGAAGGAGAUGUGUUCCGAGGGCUGCAGGUGGUGGAGCAUUGCUGCAGCAUUACCUCGCUGGUGCUGGGCGAGACGCUGCCGUCGAUCGCACGCGACAUGGACAGCUACACGUACCGCUUGCCGCUCGGCGUAUGCGCCGGCGUCACGCCCUUCAACUUCCCGGCCAUGAUACCGCUAUGGAUGUUCCCCGUGGCGCUCGUGUGCGGAAACACGUUCCUGCUGAAGCCGUCGGAGCGCGUGCCGGGCACCGCCAUGCUGCUGACGCGACUCCUGCAGGACGCCGGCGCCCCCGACGGAACGCUCAACGUCGUCCACGGACAGCACGACGCCGUGAAGUUUGUGUGUGACCACCCGGCCAUCAAGGCAAUCAGCUUCGUGGGCUCCAACCAGGCCGGGGAGUACAUCCACACCCGCGGCUCUGCCAACGGCAAGCGCGUCCAGUGCAACAUGGGAGCCAAGAACCACGGCGUGGUGAUGGCGGACGCGAACAAGGAGAACACGCUGAACCAGCUGGUGGGCGCAGCGUUCGGGGCGGCGGGUCAGCGGUGCAUGGCGCUGUCCACCGCCGUCAUGGUGGGGGAGGCUCGCGAGUGGUUGCCCGAGCUCGUGGAGAGAGCCAAGAACCUGCGCGUCAAUGCCGGCGACCAACCCGGUGCCGACCUGGGUCCCCUGAUCUCCCCGGAGGCGAAGGCGCGCGUCUGCGAGUUGGUGGGCAGCGCUGAGAAGGAGGGCGCCCGCAUCAUUCUGGACGGGCGCAAGGUCUCCGUGAAGGGCUACGAGAGCGGUAACUUCGUGGGGCCGACCAUCAUCACCGGGGUCAAGCCACACAUGAAGUGCUACACGGAGGAGAUCUUUGGGCCGGUGCUGCUGGUACUGGAGGCCGAUUCCCUCGACGAGGCCGUGAGCGUCAUCAACAGCAACCCCUACGGCAACGGCACGGCCAUCUUCACCAACAACGGCGCGACGGCGCGGAAGUUCACGCACGAAGUUGACGUGGGCCAGAUUGGUAUCAACGUCCCGAUUCCAGUUCCGCUUCCAAUGUUCUCCUUCACUGGCUCCAGGGGUUCGUUCCGCGGGGACGUGAACUUCUACGGCAAGCAGGGUUUCCAGUUCUACACGCAGCUCAAGACGGUGACCGCGCAGUGGAAGGCAGAGGAUGCCACGGAGAGUGUUCCCACCGUGAACAUGCCAACCAUGGGCCGGCAGAAGGUCUAACCGGGGUGGGGGGGGGGGGGGCCCCCUCGUGCCAUGUGACCGGCGAAGAUCGUGCGCGUGACCCGAUUUUGGAAGUGCAAUGUCCCAAAGCAAACCCCAUUCGUGGAACGAACCCUUACGUGACCUGUGUCUUGUUUUUCCUGUAGGCUCGCAUGAAGAGAGGGUAUGGGAGAGAAACUAAAAUGUAUCUUGAACGUGGUUAUCUGCAAAGGCACAAGUCUGUAAUGCCGCCAGCACAGAAAUUUGUGCCGGCGCAAAGGAAUUGUUUUUUUUAUCUCGUUUUUCAAGAUCUUUAUCAACAUUUCUCCAUGGGGCCUUAAUCAUUGAUUUUUGACACAAGCGGAAUUUCAAAGCCGUCAAUUUUUACCGUCCGAUUUUCAAUACUCAUUUUGGGCUCAUCUGUACAUGUCAAAAUAAACCUCUCAAAUGUGA